UGUUUUAGUUAACAAAAUUAGCCGCACAUCAGAAUCAACGCGAGAAACUUUUAAGUGAUUAAAGUAUACUCAAAAUUUUUGGUUAUUAAAAGUAAAUAAAUAGGGAAAUCAAAAUGGCUACACGCGAUGCUGCUUCAAAUCAAUUGAUUGAUUAUAAGAACUGCCAAAAGGAAUCCGCAGGCGUAGUUACUACAGGCAGUGGCGCACCCAUUGGCAUUAAGGAUGCAACGCAAACGGUUGGUCCUCGCGGUCCGAUUCUGUUACAAGAUGUCAAUUUCCUAGACGAAAUGGCUCACUUUGAUCGCGAACGCAUUCCGGAGCGAGUGGUUCAUGCCAAGGGCGGCGGUGCAUUUGGUUACUUUGAAGUUACUCACGACAUCACUAAGUAUUGCGCUGCCAAAAUGUUUGAGAAGGUCAAAAAGCGUACCCCUGUAGCCGUUCGUUUCUCAACGGUGGGCGGCGAAAGCGGGUCUGCGGAUACGGUACGGGAUCCUCGAGGAUUUGCUGUUAAAUUUUAUACGGAUGAUGGUAUAUGGGAUCUAGUGGGCAACAACACGCCCAUUUUCUUUAUACGCGAUCCUAUACUAUUUCCCAGUUUCAUACAUACCCAGAAGCGGAACCCGCAGACGCACUUGAAGGAUGCCGAUAUGUUUUGGGACUUCCUGACCCUGCGCCCUGAAUCCACCCACCAGGUUUCGUUCCUGUUCAGUGACCGCGGAACACCUGACGGAUUUUGCCAUAUGAAUGGCUAUGGAUCCCACACCUUUAAGUUGGUCAAUGCCAAGGGUGAGCCUGUUUACGCAAAGUUCCACUUCAAGACAGAUCAAGGCAUUAAGAACUUGGAUGUGAAGACCGCAUCGGAUCUAGCGUCGAGUGACCCGGACUAUAGCAUACGUGAUUUGUACAAUCGCAUCAAGACCUGCAAAUUUCCCAGCUGGACAUUUUAUAUUCAGGUGAUGACCUUCGAGGAGGCCAAGAAGUUCAAGUACAAUCCGUUUGAUGUGACCAAGGUUUGGUCUCACAAGGAGUACCCAUUGAUACCAGUGGGAAAAAUGGUGCUAGAUCGCAAUCCGAAGAACUACUUUGCCGAGGUAGAGCAAAUUGCGUUUAGCCCCGCGCAUUUGGUGCCUGGGAUUGAGCCAUCGCCGGACAAGAUGUUGCAGGGCCGUCUAUUCUCUUACUCCGAUACACAUCGUCAUCGCUUGGGACCUAACUAUUUGCAAAUACCAGUCAAUUGUCCAUAUCGCGUUAAGGUCAAUAAUUAUCAACGCGAUGGCCUCAUGAAUGCUACCGAUAAUCAGGAUGGAGCUCCCAACUAUUUCCCAAAUUCGUUCAAUGGGCCGCAAGAAUGCGCAAGAGCUCGUGCCUUGUCUACUUGUUGCCCGGUGACCGGCGACGUUUAUCGCUAUAGCAGCGGUGACACGGAGGACAAUUAUGGUCAGGUCACCGAUUUUUGGGUGCAUGUCCUCGACAAUUGUGCUAAAAAACGUCUAGUGCAGAACAUAGCCGACAAUUUAAGCAACGCUAGUCAGUUCCUGCAAGAGCGUGCAGUUAAGAACUUUACGCUGGUGCACGCCGAUUUCGGGCGCAUGCUUACCGAGGCCCUCAAUCUAAUUAAGUCCUCGAAGUUCUAGAUGUUUGACUUAAUUUGCGCAUAGGUCAGCGUUUUGCUUUUUAAAUCUAGCUUUCUACUGAUCCAACUAUCAGUUCUUUGGUUGCGGAAAAUUUUUUUUGGUUCUGAAUAAUAUUUACCCCUCCCCACUCGUGUGCCUUGUUUUUAUAUGGUAAAAAUUAGCAAUAAA